AUGCAGAGCGGCGGCGCCGGCGCAGCAGGCGGCGGCAGCGGCAACCGUGCCGUCAUCUGGUUUCGGGGCACCGACCUUCGCCUGCACGACAAUGCCAUCGUGCAUGAGGCGGCGCGCCGGGUGGAAGCGGGCCAGGUGGCAGAGGUGCUGCCGCUGUUCUGCUUUGACCCGCGCUACUUCCAGGCCAGCGCCUGGGGCAGCCCAAAGACGGGGCAGUUCAGGGCGCGCUUCCUGCUGGAAAGCGUGCGGGACCUCAAGGCCCGGCUGCGCGCCCUGGGCAGCGACCUGCUCAUCUGCAUGGGCAGGCCCGAGGAGGUGCUGCCCGGCCUGAUGGCGCAGCGCGGCAGCGGCCUCCAGACGUGCGUGCUGGCUCAGAGCGAGGUGACCAGUGAGGAGCUGGCGAUCGAGAAGAAGGUCAAGUCGGCUGUGGUGGCUGCUGGCGGGAAGCUGGACCUGUACUGGGGCAGUACCAUGUACCAUCUGGAGGACCUGCCCUUCAGGGAGGGCCUGCGCGACAUGCCAGAUGUCUUCACUCCCUUCAAGCAGAAGUGCGAAGACCGCUGCCAGGUGCGCAAGCCCUUCCCCGCGCCGGCGCCAGGCGCACUUCCGCUCCCGGCCGGCCUGGAGGCGGCGCGGCUGGCGUUUGAGCCGCAGCGUGUGGAGGAUCUGAAUGCUGUGGUGCCAGAGGGCCACCCGCAGCUGGCUAGCCCACAGCGAGACACACGGGCGGUGCUCGACUUUGAGGGCGGGGAGAGCGCGGCGCUGGCCCGGCUGCGCUACUACCUCUUCGACUCCAACCUGGUGGCCACCUACUUUGACACCCGCAACGGCAUGCUGGGCGGGGACUACUCCACCAAGCUGGCGCCCUGGCUGGCCCACGGCUGCCUGUCGCCGCGCAGCGUGUACUACGACAUCAAGCGCUACGAGCGGCAGACGGGCACCGCCAACAAAUCAACCUACUGGGUUGUGUUUGAACUCAUCUGGCGGGACUUUUACAGGUUCUUUGCGCUCAAGCACGGCAGCAAGAUCUUCUUGGAGGGUGGAACCACCGGCCAGGCUCCGCAGUGGUCCAAUGAUGCCGAGGCGCUGCGGCGCUGGAAGGAAGGCAGGACGGGCUGGCCGCUGGUGGAUGCCAACCAGCGGGAGCUGAGGGCCACAGGCAAGAGCCGUCCAGCAGGCGGCAGGCCGAUGCGCAUCCGGGCGCUGCUCCUGGCUUGUGGCUUCAUGUCCAAUCGUGGCCGCCAGAACGUGGCCUCCUUCCUGGCUCUGGACCUGGGGGUGGACUGGCGGCGCGGCGCCGACUGGUUUGAGCACCUGCUGCUGGAUUAUGACGUGUGCAGCAACUGGGGCAACUGGGUUGCUGCGGCGGGGCUCACCGGCGGGCGAGUCAACAAGUUCAACAUCACCAAGCAGAGCAAGGACUAUGACAGUGAGGGGCAGUACAUCCGUACCUGGGUGCCGGAGCUGGCGUGCGUGCCGGCAAGGCGCAUCCAUGAGCCCUGGCUGAUGAGCCGCGAGGAGCAGGCGGCGGCGGGGGUGCAGAUUGGUGUGGACUACCCAGCCCCGCUGAAGAGCGCCUGGAAGGGUUAUGAUGGCGGCAGUCGCGGCGGGAGCAGCAGCAGCGGCAACUAUCGACCCAGUGGCGGUCGAGGCGGCACCGGCGGCGGCAGCGCACAGGGCAGGGGCGGCGCAGGUGGCAGGGGCGGCGGCGGCGGGCAGUUCAGGCCGCGAAGCGCAUACGAGCAGUAUGGCACCUCCCAAUCACGGUGUUCGUUUGGGGAGGCGGGGGUCAGGGGAUCGAUAUGGUUGAGAGGGGUUUGGGAGCUAGGAGGAAGCAGGCAAAACUGGCCUCACAGGGUGGAGUACGUCGAGUACUACCUCCCUCACGCUGCAGGCCGCACAAAUCAGGCCGUCAUGGCGCUGAGGACGGUGCUGGCCGCCCUGGUGGCCGCCAUUGCGAUGGCGGCGCUCAGCGGCGAGGGUGUCGCCGCAAAACGCGACUUGACUCAAACCAAGAAGCCGCCUAAGGUGGGCAUCGAGGCGGCGCCCGUCCAGCUGCGGCUUUUCGGCACCAUGGUGGACUCGGUGCUGUCCCAUGGUGCUGAGGUGUGGGGCGUGCAGCUGGCGGCCAAAGCGGCGUGCUGCCAUCGUGGCAGUGCCGGCAGCGCGGCCGAGAAGCUGCAACUCAGCUACCUACGCCACCUGCUGGGGGUCCGGCAGAGCACCCCCAAUGCGGCCCUCCUUGCGGAGACUGGCGAGCGCCCGCUGUGGCAGCGCUGGCUGCGGCGGGCAGCCAAACUCUGGAACAAGACGCUGGAGGAGCGUCCCGGCAGCCUGUUGCAGCAAGCGCUGUUGUCCAGCGUGCAGCUCGCAGAUGGCGCCCACCCCCUGGCACAGCAGUCCUGGGCUGCCCAGCUGGCGGCCGGUCUCGCAGCGGUCGGCAUGCAGCUGGACCUGCAGCAGCCAGCACCUGUUGACCUCGGCGAGCUGGGGGAAGCUGCGCAGCGCCGCCAGCUGGCGCAGCUCCAGGAGGCGCUGGCGAAGGGCGGCGCCAGCCGGCUGGAGCACUAUGUGCACAACGUGGUGGGCGCCCUCAACCUGGCGCCCGCCAUGUUUGGGCAGCGCGAGACCUACCUGGAUGCAGUACGGCGUCGGCAGGACCGCGAGGCGCUGGCGCAGCUGCGCACCGGGUCGCAUUGGGGCGCGGAAGAGACCGGCCGCUGGACGCGGCGCCCCCGAGAGCAGCGAGUCUGCCCCCACUGCCAUGACGGCAUUGAAGAUGCCCCCCACAUGCUGCUCACCUGCCCCCUUUACGCCCCGCUGCGCCUCAACUUUCCUGACCUGUUUGCUGAGCCCCAUCCUCCCCACCGCUUCCUCCGCCAGAAACCGUGCCGCCUCGCCGCCUUUGCUGCCGCCUCCGCCCCACCAGCCGCCGAUUGUCCCGCCCCCCGCAGCACCGGCCUCAAGUGCAACUGGGAGCUGGGCACCUUCCCCUUCAAGUUUGAGCCCGGCGUUGACGGCGGCCCCUCCUCCCUCGUGUACGACGUCGACCCCGACUCCAGCAGCGACCCCGGCUGCCCCCAGAUCCGCAUCAACAACCCCAGCUGGGUGGCCCCCUGCGUGGUCCAGUUCUACCAGGCCAGCCUGGGACAGGCCGGCCCCGGCGGCUUCCCCCUGCUGUCCACCGAGUCGUGCGUGGCCGACACGACGAGCUUCACCAUGCCCCACACCUGGCAGGUCAACCACAGGGGCGAGGCCGGCGGCCUGGACAUCAACAUCAAGUCCAUCACCGUCGGCUUCAUCCACCCUGACGUGGACCGCAGCUUCUUCAUGAUCUACAAGGCCUCCACAGCCACCAAGGCCGUGACCACGCAGGUGCUCGGCGGCACCUUCACAUCCUCCCAGCCCAACACGGCGGUCACGCUGUCAGAAACCAUCCCGCUGGCGGUGGGCUCGCCCGUGUCCUUUGAGGUGCUGUCCUACCUGGACAGCACCAACCCCUCCGCGCAGCCCAAGAACAACUACCAGCUCAUCUCGUACAUCACCAGCGGCUGA